UUACCUGUGGCCCAACGCCACAUGCACAGUGGAUCCACACAUUUGUAAAAAGUGUACGCUCGAUGUGUGUGUAUUAAAGUGUACGCUCGAUGUCCUCAAGAUUGAUCAUUGACAGUGGGAUGAUAAUCUUCCCAUCUUCGGAUAUCUGAGGCGAGGACUGCACAGAUUUGUUGUUCGGAGGAAGGGGCCUCUCAAUGACUUGUCGUAGGCGCGAUCGUCCAAGGCACCAGAAGAGCCUUGAUGCAAAAUAGAUCGCGGCUGCAAGGCCGGCGAAAUGACUCGUACAUGUGGGUGGGCGCCUUUUGAUUUGUCCGCCGGGGCAGUGGAGGCAUCUCGAUCACCUUUGCCAUGGCUGGCGGUGAGCAGCGGUGGAGUGCCAGUGGAUUUGAGGGCGGGCUUGGCGGGCGAUCGACCUUUCUCUGUCUUCAGCUGGUCUCUCGCUUCAUCUUCUUCCUCCUCGAUAUCGAAGCCGUCCUUCUGAAGGGACACCCUGCUUCCCCACUUUGAGAGGACAGGCUUUUUCUGCCUGCAGAAAGACUGGAGACAUUGAUGGCGAUAGAUAUACUGCUGUUUCUCACUCGUCGGCCUUUUCGCUGUGUCUAUGCGUGGCGGCAUGCGGGUCGACAGCUGUGUCGACCAAGCAAAUGCCCCGUCGCGUCUCCCUUCCGAAACGCUUCCGCAGUCUCAGCUUCUGCACAAGAAUAAACACCACGUCGUCUUCCACUCUUGGAGGCUCGAAUCGUACUUGUCUGUGGGUUAGCUUGAAGGCAAUGUGCAAAGCAAGGCCGACAUCGCUUAGCAUAUCAAACUCGCCGGCUCCCUUUUGGACCAUGCGCAGGAUCACUGAUCCAGCGACAGGAUGCACACGUCUUUAGUUGUCAGAGGAGAUGGGUCUUGACUUACCAAAGCAUGAGGUGAUGUUGACGCUAAGGGUCACGAUGAUGCAUGCCAAGAUGACCAUCUCUGAUUCUGAUCAAACGCACAAGACACGAGAACCAGACGAUCGAUAGCGAUGUCCCGGACCCCUCCCUCACCCUCGACGAUGUGCCAAAUGUGGUCGAGUUCGAGCUGAAUGGCAGAUUGGCACAUCACAUAGUCCGGCGCAACGCGCGUGUGUGGCUCUCACCUCGAUAAUGUGCACGCCAACCUCUCCUCCGUCACCUAUACAGUUUUGCAACACCAGCUUGAAAUUCGGCGACUCAAUUGCUGCCCUCUCGUCAAUGAUCUCGCGGAUCGCUUGCAGAUACUCCGCUACUUGAAAUUUAAGCGUCUAGUAAUGAGGGAGGGUAUGAUGCAAACAGGAGAUGGAGGGACAUGAAGUUGUGAGCAUGUUGUCACCGUCACCGUGCUUCUUGCAUGAGCCCGUCGACAAUGUCUCACCUUAAAAUACGUCACCCCGUUGUCAUUGAAGAAUGUUGUCCGAAUCGUCGGCUCUCGGUAGAAUCUCUGGACCUCAUCCAUGUUCUCUUGGAUGGAUUUGUCAACAAUAAAGCUGACAACGUCACCACACAGACAGAGCGUGUCCAAAACAGAGGUAGCUAUUGAUUUCUUUUACCAGAUCCGCCUACUUCGAGGCAUGAUUGAUCUCUUUGACGAACUUGUCCAUGGUUUGCAGCUGUUUUGUGAUGCGCAUUUCGUUGUGUGUGCUUGCGAGACUGCGUCUCUCAUCGGUAAGGUUGCGAGAGUAGAUCUGGACUGAUGUGAUUGCAUUGCAGACCUCGGUCCUGAAAGACGAUGCGACAUCACAUGUGCUCAAGACCAGCUCCCCUUGUGUUCUGUACCAAUCAUUGAUGAGCACCCGAUUGUAAUGGAGGUCGUGCAUUUUCUGCGGGCAGGCACACAACGCAUAAGUCACAGAAGGUCUGAAAGCCACUCGUGUUAGUACUUGCGUGGUGUAUUCCAUCUCAUUUUUCUGCACCUGAGGACAUACCCACACACACGACGAGAACGCAUAUAUACCGAUACUCUGCAUGAUGGGUUGCAGUGUGCCAGCGAGGCGAGAAGGCCAACGUACAAAGUGCGUCACAAUGCCCAUGACCACCAUAAUGGCCAGCCCUGAGAGAGAAGAGACACGAGGUCCAGCAUAUCGACAACUCGACCUUGAGCUCUUGCUGUGAGCAUGCCGUACAGACCAAUGAUUGCAACAGCCUCCGUCAGAUGGAGUCUCCUCUUUUUGCUCAACUCGAUUAUCUUAAUGUGUUCCUCCUUGCUGCUUCCUGUGCACAGAUCCGAUCACACGAGCAACAUCGAUCCCCCGUUUGUGUGAGCGUUCGAUAUCUUGCCUCCUUCAUUUGCCCCAUAUCCAGCCCCGCCGCCGCUGUUGCUGCUGCUCUCAAGGGUCGGGUCCUGAGAGAGAAUGGCAGAUGACUGGUCAUCGGCCUCCGCUUGGAGCAACAACAACUCGGCCCUGGUCGUGUGGAGGAAGAUGCGCCAAGCGAUUGCUUACCCGGCCCCUGUGGAUACAUUGCUCACCUGGAUUCAUCAUUAUAGAGCUGCCGCACAAAGUUCGCGAACAGCUCGAGUGCCUAGUCACACAACCGAGGAAGGUGAAGACACACAAACGAUCGGCUCGCCAUGAGUGCCGUCAUCUCCUCUGUCCGUCUCUACGUCUUUGCUGCGUGGAAAGCGGCGCAAGAGGUUGACGUAGCUGUGAUGUGCAUUCGACACAGCUUCAAGGGCCUGUCUUCGACAGAGGCAGGCCAGGUGGAUCGAUCCAUCAGGAGCUCGUGUCUCACCUCGCGUAACAUCGCUGCCCUCUGUCUUGUUGGCUUUGCCGAGGCCAUCUUGCUUUCUGUCGCCAGAGCACGCCAGAACCUGGCCAUCUUCUUUAAUGCCUGCAUGUGAUUCAUCUUGGCGGCACGUGACCACUUCUGGUAUGUCUGCAUACAGAGAAGAGGACAUGGACAACAGACUGACAUAUCAGGAAGCGUGGUGCACCAUUAUAUCGAUGAGGUUCGUCUUUUUUCCUCCCCCUCCGCCAAGCAAUUCCAUCUGUCGCGCUGUCUCAAUGUCCUUGUGAAGCUGAAGCACCAUGAAGAAAAGCAGAGAUCAGUAAUACGAAGAAGACAACAGGUUCCGCACAAGGAAGCCUCCUCUCUCUACCUGGUAGAGGAUGUAGUUGAUGUAUAGGUGCCACUUGGACGCGUGUGAAUGUGACAGCUUUAUGUACUUGUAGCACAGGAAGGUUUCGUCACUGAACAAGGGCAAGACGGUGGCAAGCAGCAUCAGUCGACGCAAGCAUCUGAUGCCCUUACAAGAAGUAGCGAUUUACGAGAGCCAGCCACUGGAAUGAAAACACACAUACGAGGCAGGCAUCAACGAGUAAUUUCUUUGUCCGUUUCUUACCAUGUAUGUGUAGGCUGUGAAGUUGGUGGACUGCAGAAUGGCCAGGAUAGUCUCCAUCAUGACUCCCCUACAGAGAGACAAGUGUGAUGCGCAUUGCACGUAUACGUGACACGCACUAUCGUCCUGCGCAUGACUUGCUUUUGUCACCUAUUUCGCCAGCGCCUUCUCUUUGUCUGAAUACAAGAACCUGAAGGGACACCAAAGCACACACGUGUGUGAGGGGACGGAUUGUGCAGGUGACGGACCAUUCGUCGCGAAAAAGGCGCAACACCAAUUCGAGAUCGGUCUCCCAUAUCACGCUCGAUCGCAGCUGUGCAAGCCUGGCGAAUAAAGUCAGGACAUGUAUGUGCGACUGGACACAGCCCGCGACUCUUUGUCGACUCACCCACCUGUACGAGUUCAUCCGGUCUCGUACCAAGUCCGCUGGAUCCCUUUCCUUGGGCUCCGUUCGAGCCCCGAGGAUCCGUCUGUUGGCGAUGACCGUGCUGGUCACGGUGGGUCGUCGUGUGAGAGAGCCCGCCGGCACUGUGGCCUCAUCAGCAACGGGCAUUUCCAUGAUGGCCAGACGACUGGCCACCCGCUCGUGUGUCCUGUUCGCCAGGCUGUCACUGUCAUCGCUCUUGGCGUCGGCCGCUCUGAUCAAGAAACCAGCCAGCAACUGAGUGAGAGCUGCAGUACCCUUCCCCCCCCAACCCCACUCACUUUUCGUUAGGGGCCUCUCCUGUUUCUUCCGUUAAAAUCGACAUUAUUGCAGAGUUGUAUUCUUCUGAAUGCACGGCUGAGAGUGCGUGCAUCUCGGCGAUCACCAUGUCCUUCAACCGGUUCUUGCGCACUAAGGCGAGCCAUGCCCCCAGCGGCAACACAAAUAGACACCCGCCGAGGAUUAACAGGUCCUGACAGACACAUAGAGAGAAAGCCAGAGACGUUCUGUGCAUCGUGUCGUAAAAAAUAAACUCUGCUUACGUCGACUCCACGUAUUCCCCUUAUCAGCUUGAAGAUACUGAUGGCGAGAAGGAUGGCUAGGAUACCGUUCCUCAUUCUGUUGGCUGCGUCGUGGAAGAACGGGGCCUGCGUGAAGAACAGGAGAGUGACGUAGCCCAGCGCUAUUAAAUUGACGGCAGAACAGUAGAUGGCGAGGCCAUUUGAGGACACAGCCACGAUGAAGGUGACAUUGAUCAGGGUCUUUGUCGCGGUGUACCUGCACCGACACACAAAGACCCAUCAGCUCGAUUUCUGCACCGACCGCCGCCGCGAUCACUACCGACCAGAAUUCGGCUCUUCCAUGUGCCUGCACUGUCAAAUCCGUCGAAAAGGGUUUGAAAUUGUUGUAAAGCAGAGCUGUCACCAAACCGAGAGGCACCUGAGACACAGUUCGAAAGAGAAAUCAAAUGAAGGCGCCGCGGAGCCCCACACACCCCUCAAACCAUACCAGGAAGCAGAGUGCUCCAAUGGAAGGAAAGAGCAUGACGAUGUGAAACGCUUCCCAACAUGCAAAGUCCGAGUCAGUCAGGCGAUCGCGCAUCAGCGGGCACGAAAAGAGCGACAUCAGCACAGCCACGGAUGAAGAGAAAAAGGUCGUCACAAAGCUGACAGGGGAAACCAGGAGGAACGUGCCUCACAGGUGAUUGAAUAAUUUAGUACCUUCGGACGAAUCCGCGCAAUAGGAUGAUCGGUGUGAUCAAGUGGACCUGAACAAACCAGGUGCGUAAUACUCCAAUGGUGGAUGGCACAGAUGGCACGAAUUCUCACCUCCUUGGACUUGAAGGUUUGAGCAACUAUCGCCACGACGCCGGCCGUCAAAAGAAUGAGAGUACACAGCAGACCGACCACAACGAAGUAUUGCACCUUUUCAUGGCCUACACAGACAACAUAGAGACGCAGACCACCAGUUGACGAGCCUGGGCACAGAAUUACCCGCAAGUAUCUCGAAUGGCGACGUGAACAGUCCCAGGAGACACCCCGCAUCGUAUAGAUCCCAUUUGUCGCACUCGAGCGCCUCGUUAAGCGGCAGCAGCAGCGGAACCAGCUGGAGCAGGUCCAGCACGAACACCACCGCUGUCAUGACAUACUGGGCCAACGGCACACGCAAACCUACAAUAAAAGACAAAAACAGCGGUGCCACCAUUGCAGCCCUUCUUGACGUAAGAAGCCAAGCCACCUGUGCCCACGAUGAUCGUUUCCUCAGGCUUCUCGUUGGUGGAUGAAUCCAUGACGUAGAGCACCCCUGCAGGCAGGCAGGCAGGCAGGCCAGGAAGAGAAUGGGGUGCCGGGAGGUCUGAGCGCGCCUUUGCAGCCGCCUACCAAAAAGGGCUUCCUGUCAUGGCUGAUAGCCAAUCAGAUCCUUCGGGCCCGACCCCGAAACGUCCGUCAUCGACGGAUGCUACAGCCACAAAAGACUUGAAGAGGCCACAAAAACUACUACCACAAGCCCCGCGCCGAAACAAAGCUCUACAGAGUCACGGCUUCCGCUAAGCUCUACGAGUCACGGCCGGACCAAGAGGUGCAAGCGGCCCGAUC